CGACGACGAUGAGUGGCAGCAACGACAACGACGACGACGACAACUACGACCGCGGCUCGCUCCACUCGUUCGACGCGGCCAUGCAGCUGAGUGCAGCAGCGCACGACAAUCAUAGUCGUCAUUACAGCGAUGAUGAUGGUCAUGAUGAUCAUGGUGAUCAUGAACACGGCGAUGCUGCGCCGUCCCAAUCCACCGCCAUCCCAUCUCAUCAGCCAAUACCAGUCGCACAGCCAUCCAUCACGACUAGACUCCCUCUUCUGCAGCAGCAGCAGCAGCACCCACAGAGCGCAAUCGCAGCCAGCAGCGCCACUCCGACUGGAAGCCCAGCAAUCCUCCGUAAGGCGGGAGCGCUGCCGCCAUCGCACUCGCUGACCAGGCUCAACACGCUGUCCCAGAACAGAUCGCAGUCGAUGGCGUCGCUGUCCGCGCUGGCAGCGGCGCCGGGUGUCCAGAUCAUUGCGUCGCCGCUCCAAGCGCUCGGGGCCGCUGCAUCUGCCGCGACGAUCACGGCGCCGCCUGAAGCCCAGGUGCCCCGGUUUGUGCCUGGCGUGGCACUCAACUCUGUGCCGUCAUCACUGGCAGCGUCGGCCGCGUCGUUGGCAUCGGUUGCUGCUCCAGCCGGAAUGGCACCCGCCGCUGCUGCGAGUUCGUCCACGACCAAUCUCACCCUCACGCCGCAGGACUUGGCUACCACUGGCACUGAUGCUACUGAUGCUACUGAUGCUACUGAUGCGACUGCUGCGGCGAUCGCGCAGAGUGCGUCGACAUUGCCGUUGCUCCAGCCAUCGCCAGCCAAACGGCCAGUCUUUGUCGUGGAUUCUGUGGCACACAGUCGACAACCCUCAGAAGUUUCGGCUGCACAGUACCCCGCCAUGGUGGGUGGCGGUGAAGCCAUCCCAAUGACGCGCAUCAAGACCUCGGCAGCUCCGUCAGCAAGAGUCAAUGAUCGCAGUGCCGGCACCUCUGCGCCACCACCUGCUCAAGGGCUCGCAACAUCCGCGGCAACGAGACUUUUGUUUGAUGAAAUUAGGGCCCGCGCGGAUGAACACCGACGCCAAACCCAAUCUGUAAAGUUAAUUUCCCUCGUAACACGCGAAUGGUUCUGGACCUCUGGCUUGGUGGCGGUUCUUGCAGUGUUCUUGCUCGUCUACUUUAUUUAUGGAAAAGCCGACCCGUCCAUCUCGCACUACCGAUUGACCGGCGUGCUGAUUGAGGCGCUUUUGUUGCUAGCCUUUGCUGCCUGGAACUUGUAUCUGGGAUGGUACGAAGACAAGUGCCGCGCCAACGAGAUUGCUGACGCGCUGUCGUCGAUUGUUCAAUCCCACCAGGCAGCGCUCCAGCCCGAUCCAGUUUGGCUGGACGACUUUUGCGCCUCGGAUGCGUUCAUCUCGCCGUCCAUUUCCGUCGCGCGCACCAUCCGCGAUGGUCGCAUCGUCAGUAUUCCUCGCGUGUUGUUGGUAAAAGGUGACUUGUUGGAGCUCUUGCCAGGCGUGCCAGCGCCUGGAUUGUGCCACAGCUACGAUCCUUCGGUGGCCGGCGUAUUAUCGGAAGGGCAGAUCCCAUCAACUUCUGUCGAGUCCCAACGAGCUCCUCCAGCGACAGAGCCCGAGUUUUGUGCGCAGCCAAAACCCGUUCUCUAUGUCAUGGACGAGACGCCGUUCAUUCGGCACCUUGACAUUCCGCUGAACGCCUACAAGACUCGUCCCUUGACCAAGCUUGAGAACGAGCGCUCUGUUAUUCUCGGUCGCAUCCUGGGAAAGAUGAUCUUGGGCCCAUUGUUUCUUGCCGCUAUUUUCGUUAACGCCUUACGCUACGGCCUUCUCAACGACGAGGAGGGUGAAUGGAUGGAAAUGUUUUUCGUCGAGUUGGUUUAUCUCUUCAUUCCCUUGCUCCCUCUCAUCUUCCCGCUGCUCUGGGCUGCUGCCAACGCGUAUGGCGCUGCGAGAAUCGCAUUGCUUGCGCGUCAGCUGGAUGAUCCUCGCCUCAACGAAAGCCAGUCCAGCUUGCAAUCUUUAUUGCAAACUCAACCUCAAACCACACAAAUGACCGUCGACAUUCCCGUUCGAGACGAGUGGAAGGUGUUUUUAGACCACCUCCUGUGCCGCGAUGUUGUCUUUUUGCCUCGAUCGUGCAGCUUGAUGAACACGCUCGGCGGCAUCACCACUCUGUGCUGCAUUGACAAGGUCGGCUUGCUUUCCAUGCCCCGGCCGACUGCUGAAAAGGUCUUUACCUUCUCGCCGAUGGGCCAGACCAUGUUCCCACUUGCACACGACGAUCGCGACAGCGAAGAGAGCGCCAGCGAGGACGAGGAUGGUCCGCCAUCUCCAAUUGCGCUGCACCCUCAACAAAGUGCCGCCGUUCGCCACGCUUCGGCCAUUCUCGAUGUUUCUACGGACAACAACCGUGCCAACGGAAUCCGCUUUGAUGAAACAGACUGGGUCAAGUAUCUGCCUGCACUGAAACCACUCGGUUUGAACAUUCUGCUGAGCUCGCAAUGUGCCGAAACUCCACCUGCAGGCGUUGGCCAUGCACCAGGGUGCUCGACCCAUGCUGCUCGGUUGGAUUCCUACUGGCAGUACUUGAGCGAGCGCGAAAGUGGCAUUGCGUCGCGCCCCUUGCGCUCCUGCCUGUGCCCGCUGGCCCGAGAGAUUGGUUUCAAAGAUGCAGCUCUGGCAACGUUUGUCAAGCACAUUCGUGUCACGGCCUUUUCGACCACAGCGGUGCACAUGACGGACGAAGCCCGUCGCGUGUCGUCUGUGUUGGCGUUGACGGCACUCGAGAAUGGCAACCAACAACACACGGGUGACAGCGGAAAGGGUAUCUCUGAUACUCGCCCGUUGCUGCGGCAGGCGACACUGGCCGCUGCAGCAGAAGGACGCUCGGCGACUCCGCUUCUUUCGGUGCCUCGAAAGGUCUUGACUGCCACAUCGCCUGGCGGCACUGCAGAGCGAAAUCUAGCCUCGACCCUGCUCGAGACGCCUGUGCAGUACGUCUCCUCCAUCCUGGUCGAAGACACGGCGACAGGAAGCCUGCAGCUGUUUUCGGAAGGCGACGGCGAAAUGGUGCAGGAACGCUGCACCGAUCUGUGGGAUGGCAACGACAUUUGCGAAAUGACUCCGCGGCAUCGCCGCCGGCUCAUCAACUUUUAUACCAAUGCAUCUCGUAGCAUGUACUGCAGUGGCUUUGCGUACAAGCCCGUUGAAGUGGUCAAUCCAUUCCCAGAGCGGGCCCCGUCCUCGCAAACCAUGUGCGCGCCGCCAGAGCAGGACCACUACAUUGAAAUGAAGCAAAAGACGAUCGUGCUCAACGCUGUUGGCGACGAAGCUGCCAUGGAUAUGUCUGUCGCCAUCAACAAUUCGAAUGCGGAUGCCUUCAUGGCGGACACCGUCUCCGUGUUCCAGGACACGAUGGGAAGUGAAGCUGUCACUCCGUUCGAUGCCAUUUCCCUGACAUCCUUGCUGACGGACACUGCGACCGUGUCCGAGAUGAACACCUCCGCCGCGACACUGCCCGCAGGAGGCGUCAACUCGCGGACGCAAAUAACGAGCAUGGCGAAUCUGCUGAACGAAGAGGAGGAGGAGGAAGAGGAGGAAGCCGACACCAGCGCGCCUUCUCGAGUAUCCAGUCGCGCGGCUCUCAAUCCGCUUCGCCCGAGAUCCGCAAUUCGCAAAGAGGCCCGACUCGUCGCGCUUCAACAACAUCAAAUCUUCAUUGGCAUGGUUGCUUCUGAGUACCAUCCAAAGCAGGAAGUCGUCCCAGUGAUUGAGCACUUGCUCGCCGCUGGUAUCCGCUUUGUUUAUUUUUCGUCCGAGUCAGAAAUGCGCUCCAAGGCCUUUGCAACUCGCAUGGGUCUGGAGACUGGCUGGAAUUGCCACAUUUCGUUGAAAGACGAUGCCGAGGAUGAAGUGUCCAUGUUCGGUGCGGGUGCUGGUGCUGGUGGUUCAGCCCUCCGCCUUCCAAGUGGUACAAACACGCCGUCUACCCCUCGCACCCCCGUGCUGGGAUACCAGGACAAACGCGCUCUCCACACGGCCUUGGACUUGUCGCCAACCUACGCCGACAACAAGGCUCGCCUGCCCAAAGGCGUUCGCCAAAUCCGCCCGCAUCUUGAGAAGGUCGAUGAUGUUCCACUGCUCGUCCCCCUGUUUACGGAGAGCAUGCCGAAGGCCACGGAGGAAAUGAUGAAAAUCAUGCAAGAGAACGGCCUUACAGUUCUGUGCUUGGCAUUGCGCAGCGAUGAGUGUCUGUACAACAGCAAGGCCGACUCGCGGGAUUUCGAGUCAAACAAACUUCUUAGCCUGGCCUCGCAACUCAACACUGUCCCGUGCACCGUCACCCUGCACCGAAACACGUCCCUUCGUUCCAUGCUGUUUUUGAUUCGCGAGGCUCGCCGCCUAUCGUGGUCCUUGCGCCAAACGCUCGCAUUCAUGAUGGGCUGCCAACUCUCGCUGUCCUUCCUCAUUCUUCUCUCGUACUGCCUGCUGCUUCCUCCCAUCUUCAACGGUAUUCAUCUCAUUUGGCUGGAAGUCAUCAUCGUUCCUCUGCUCUCCAUCCCACUCUUCACCCGCGCGGGCCAACCCAACACGAUGAAAUUGAUUGCCGCCAAGAACGUUGACCACGUCAAAGAUCGUCGGCGCUUCCUGGUCUAUUUCUGCCUUCGCUUUGUGCCCUCGACCAUCGUCGUGGUGGUCUUGUUCUUCUUGACCCUCAAUUCGUUCUGUCUCCACCUCUCGUCGGAGCUGCUGGCAUCCGGCACUGCAGUCAUUUCAUGCAACGCGUUGCUCGGCCCGACGGUCGUGUCGCCCUCCACCUUUUCCCUGACCACUGGCACCAAGCAGUGGAAUGGCUGGUCGAGCUCUCUCUCGACCGGCCUGUACUUUGCACAGAAUGUGGCUCUCUUUCUCCUCGUCCUCUAUUUCGUCACCCUCAGCGCCACCUUUAUGCACCGUACUCAGUCCGUCUUCCAACUGCGCUUGUGGAGGAACAAGGCAUGGUUGGGAAGUGCAGGCGCUGCUCUUGUCCUGCAAAUCAUCUUUUUUGCAGUGUCCUUUGCCGGUGACUCCAGCGUGUAUUCGUUUGGCUUUGCGGACAUUCGGUGGUACGUGUACGUCGUUGGGCUGCUUUGGCCCAUUGUUCUGCUCCUCGUGAACGAGCAAGUCAAGAAACACGACACGAAACGAUUCAUUCGCUUCCAAAAGCGGGCCAAGUUGCUGUUUGGCACCAAGUUGGGCAUGCACUCGCCAGUGUAAGCGCCCAAUCAAGUCAGCUUCGAGUACCCCCUCCCUCGGCCUUCCACGAGAGUUCGAGAUGUGACUGAUCUGGAGACAAAGUACAUUCAACGCUGUUCGUGUCGCAGUGUCAAUGGUGCUUUGCAAAACGUAUUUAUUUGUAUUCAUCAAAUUGAUGGACUUUAC